UUGCGUUAGAUGGCAUUUGGGCGAAUGCCUACACACACUUUAUGUUUCGUUCGGUACACUUCCCCAAUAAGGUCCCCCAAAAGUUUCUUAAGUCGCUGUUCAUUGCUCUGUUAAAUUGUAAGUAUGUCCAAGAGGGUGAGCAUCGUGUUGCCCGAGGAGAUGCCUCCAGCUCCUUCUGGCAGCCGGAAGGCCCCGAGGCCAGCCGUCGUCAAGAGUUCCAUCAAGAGCGGCUCCAUUCCUCGAUCGGACCAAGUCCCCCCCGUGUUUGUUGUUGUCAGCCCGCAGAGCAGCCGCACCUCCAUGACCUCCAGUCAGCGGACCAUUACCAGCAAUAGCGACAGCUCCCUGAACCUACUCGGCCAGGAGAGAUCAUCGAGCACGGAGGCGGCAGCCACCCCAGAACACAGUGCCUUGGUGCUGACUGAUUCGCCGCCUUCGCAGCAAUCGGUUAAUUUGGAAUCGGCCAGCACCUCGAUCAAGCAGUUCCUUAGGAGCACAGUGGACUUGGUCAGGGCAGGUGAGUCCUUUACGUCCGUGAAGCGGCUCUUCCACAAGUUCAUUAAAAGCGGUGGGGGCGCCCUGCCGAACCCCAAGCCCUCACUAUCAUCCGCGGCCUCCUCCCAGGCUGUGAAGAGGGAAAACCCCUAUCUUAGCAAGUCCAACGACACGCUUCUGUCCGAUACUUCGGCCCAGCCCACUGUUCCCAGCAGCUCGCAGUGGACUUCGCCCACUAUCCGCUCAAAGAACACCUUCAACGCUGCGAAAUACGACAUCACGAGCCUGCUCUCCGACAUCACCCCGCUGACGGGAUACACCCCCACUGAGGAGCCUGGCUACCGGACAGAUAGUUCCGGCAGACCCCCGAAGACGCAAAGGUCUGACCUGGCCAGCGUUGGAGGAGCGGGGCAACUUUCGGGGAGCAAACAGUCCAGUAAGCACAGUACGCUCGAGCUGCGGUCUGAUAGAAAACUUGAGGUGGAGUCGUCUGUUUUGGCAAGGCGCUCCAUUUCGAAAAACCGCUCGAGCAGUAGAUCUCCCCGACAAAAACUUAGGUCGUCCACCGCCGGUUCACCCCGAAGGACGCCCAGGAUGUCACCGCGAAAAGAUCUGGCACUGCCGGCGGAACACGUUUUUGCCCUAGUUAGUGCUUCAGUGCCAAACUCCGAGGGAGAGCGACCGAGGAACUCGAGGCGGAGAAGCAGCCAAGGCUCAAGCGGUCCAUCUGCCAAAGUGACUACGAGGAAGUCGGGUAGUUCCGUUUCUGGCUCAAGGCGGAACUCAGGGAUGCUGGCCAAGUCGGGGGGUGAUCAAACACCCAGAUCCAUCCAGUCAAGGACGAGUUCCCGCCGUGGUUCACUUAGGAGCACCCGCACCCGCACUCGCUCCCGUUCCCGUUCCCGCUCCCAAUCACGAUCCCGCUCAGGGUCCCGAGCCAGCGCUUCCGGGGGUCCGCUGCAGGUUAGUGAGAACCUCGCCCUCAAGGCAGAGCACGCGUUUGCCCUGGUCAGCCCCGAGGAGGCGGAAACCAGCCAGCCAGCAGAGGGCACCGGUGGGGAGGUCGAGGACGCCUCCAGCGCCUGCGUGACCUACCAGGAGCAGUGCAAGUGCCACCACUGUCUGGACAUGCGGCGGGCGGUGAAGAGGGCCAAAUUCUUUCAGUCGCCGGAGGGACAGAAGCAAUUGGAAGCCAAGUUGCUGGCCAAAAACUUCUUCAUGGACCUCUGCGCAUUGUCGGAGGUGCGCAGCCGGGUCCACGACGACCUGCACGGCAUCCGGCGACGUCCCUCGCCGCGGGUCAGCUUCCCGGUGAGCAUCUGCGGAGCGACGCGGCUGGACGGCGGCUCACUGGCCCUGCAGUGGUUCACCCACGACCUGGACAGCGUGGACCACUUCGACUUCUUCGUGGACGGCGUGCCCAACCGGAGUGUCUACAACCUGCGGGGCAGCAGCACCGUGCUCGUGGACGUGGACGCCGCCAAGUCACACAAACUGCUCAUGCGCGCGGUUCCCGCGCGGGGUGCCAGCGGGCGGGACUCUUCGGUGGACCGGCUCAUGUCGGAGGUGGCCGCCGGGCACAUGCGGCACGUGCGGCAGGGCCAGCUCUUCGCCAAGUGUCUGCAGCACCUGGACGCCAGGCCGCAGCCGCUCACGGUGGUGGACUUCUGGACGGACAGCGAGUUUCUGUACUUGCCCACCUGCGAGGUCUCCCCAAGCACGCAGGCUCGCUGACGGGGCAGAAUAAACUGAUUUAUGAGCAGA